GCCAUCAUCACCGGUGUCACAGUCACAAGGAAACACACCCUUCACUCGUGCGCCGGUGCCUCCAGUGUCAGAAGACAGUGUUUAACAGAGGCGAUUUACAAGACCUGAACAACUCUACCUACAGACGUGAUCUGUGAUUUUCAACACAAAGCCCUCACAUCUCAUGAGACUGGUUGCAUUAUGAGAGCUCGCUACCUGUUCCUAUUGGUUUACCUACUGGGGAGCUCCUUUGCAGGAUCCAGUGCACAGAGUAAUGGAGUAUGCACAAAAGAUGCCUGCACACAGGUCCCAGACGCCACCUCGAACUUCUUACAGUGUGUGGGCCUGCCUUCGACAGACACGGGCGCAGAUGAAAUGCGAAAGCUGAAAGGAAUUCUUGAAGCCACAAUGGAUGUGUACACGUUUAUGAAAUCAAGCAUGACAAGAGGACCAAUUUUGAGUGUGGAGGGUGCUCUGGAAUUAGACUUGACUGCAGACGCUCUACAAAAUCAAGAUCUGGUCAGGAUGUGGUUGGAGGUCAACAUGAAACCGCUCCUGAAAUCCAUCACCAAGCAGUUCUUGUCCUGUCUCAGCACCAGGAACUUCAGCUGCUCCACCUACCAGACUGUAGUGGAGGAGCUCAGUCAACACUAUUCUGAGAUGGAUCCAGUCAGGCAAAAGUGGAUCUACACAUUCUUUAUGUACCCGUUCCUGUCUUCGGCAACAGUUGAUGGCUGUGUGAGGCCAGAUGAGGGCAGUGCGGAGUGGCUGAUGAAGAACUUUGGUGCCUUCAGUGUCAUGGCCCGCUUGAAGGACUUUUCAGAGCUCAAUGUGGUCUUCAAUGGACUGGAGGUUCUUAACUUGUUGUCUCCAGCACAAAAGGCCGAGCUGCUCAUGAGCCCUUAUGUUGCCAGUUUAGACAAUGGCACAUUAGCCUUGGUCUUCCACAGUCUGCUAACAGGGGAAUCUGGCCCAUCACCCACUGCUGGCCCUGGAUGGGGCCCCAACUGGACAACCCCUGGGUACCCACCCUCCUAUCCAGUACAGCUGUCACAUCAGCCAGGCCUCCAACAGGUCGUAAAUGGAUUCAUGUCAGCCUUCAAACCCAUCGGGAGCUUUGUUCAUAAUUUUGUGUCCUUCACACGUGAGAGAAAUCCGUCAAAUAUAAGAAGCACCACUUUGACCCAGUUCCUGCUCAACUGGACUCUUUCUGAGCUGGCUGGCAAAUACCAGCCAGGCGCACCUGAGGUCCCAGAGGGACCUAAGUUUGAUGUGACAAAUGUAGUAGACUGGUAUCAUUACGUUGUGAAGCCGCUGUUACGGAGGUUUUUGCCCGAUGAAGAACUCCUGAUGCAUGAAAACAUCACGCUCGCUUUCCACGAAGUGUUCCGUCUGGACAACAGUAUGGACAACAUGACGGUGAUUGAAAUCCAGGAUGUCUGUAGCAUCACCCUCGAUAAGAGCCCUUGCGGGCUGACCGACGCGGUGGCAAACGUGGCUCAUGUCUUGCACUGCGCUGCUCGUAACAACCUGACCAUGACAGAAGCCGUCGUCUUGAAGCUGGUUCUAGAGCUGACUCAACGUCUGAACUUGCUGAUCAAGGAGCUCUCCACAGCAAACUUCACGCAGUUGGAAUCCGAGUUUAAGCAGAUCUUCAGCGAGUCAAACUCAGCAACUCUGACCCAGGAGCACCUGACGGACCCAGCUUUCAUCCAGCUCUGGUUCAAGGUCAAGCUGCUGCCCCUCCUGCCCGACGUACAGCCAGAGCUCCUCUCCUGCCUCAGCACCAAGAACUUUUCUUGCCCCGUUUACCAAACCCUUGUGGCGGCGCUCAGUGAACGCAUGAACUUUUUGGAUGCUGAUCCGAUGUACAGCAGCAACAUCUACGAGUACUUCAUCUACCCCUUCCUGCUAAAUCACAACACCUCGGACCCCCAGUGUGUCUCUGCAGUUAAUAACAGCGCAGAAUGGCUGCAACUCAACUUUGGUUUCUUCUCGAGCUUUGCCUCUAUCUUCGACUUCUACACACUCAACCCUUAUUUCUCUGGACUGGAGGCUCUUGACCUCCUGACUCCAAAUCAGACGGUAGAGUUACUGCUGUUGACUCUCCCAACUCCACCAGAGAAAGACGUUGUCAUCAGCCAAGUGUUUAACUUCCUGACGGAGUCACCUGCAGCCAGGAAGUACCCAGAGGUCCUCAGCGCUUUGGUCAGGCUCGCUGGAGAGAUCAAUCCUUCCUGCGACAUCUACAAACAAAUCUUUACACAGCUCUAUGCAGCCAUACCAUCUCUGCCUCCAGAAAUGGAACCAGUCACCUGGGCCACUAUAGAAGCCCUGAUAAACAUUGCACCUGUCGAGUGCGUGCCGGCGAACCUCAGGUGCCCGGUAAUCCCGCUCAAUGAAACUCAGAGCUGUGCAGGAGUCAACAGCUCUGAUCUGCUGUCUUACUUGGACACCUUUAAUCAAGUUCCCUGCAACGUCCCCUUGGAGGAAUAUGCCUGUGCACAGCUGGACAACUUCACAGCCAAUCAACUGGCAUCUCUUCUGAUGUGUAAUCUUUCUGGGAACAGCGCCCACUCCAAAACUCUGUGGAAAAUCCUGCUCACUAAAGUCUCCGAUGUUUUAAACCCAGCCCUGGACAUCCUGGCUAACAUGCCGAUGCCCGUGAUUCCAUCAGCGCCACAGGUUUUGGAUGUGAUUGGAGAGAUCAGAGUGUCGCUGCUGACAGAUGAGCAGCUGCAGAACAGCGAAGUUAUCAGGUUGUGGUUCUCAGGCCGCCUGAGGAGCUUCUUGCCUUACGCAUCAGGAAUGUUUCUGCGCUGUCUCAGCAGCACAAACCUGACCUGUCAGUCAUACCAGGAAAUACUGCAGACGUUUAUCAGCCAGUUUAACCAGAUGACCUCAAACCAGCAGCAGUUGGUCUUGCAGGAUUUCAUACUGCAGUUCCUGACGCAGCCACGCUCAGAUUCCAGCUGUGUGUCCACCUCCAACAGCACUGCAGUGUGGAUACAGCAGAAUUUCGGUCCAUUUUCAGCACUUCUGUCGCUCACUGAGCUGAUCCAUCUCAACCCACAAUUCAACCCUAUUGAAGUCUUGACACUCCUGACUGCACAACAGAGCGCAGAGCUGCUGUCGCUGUCGCUUCCAAAUCUGCCGGACAAAGCUGUCAUCAUCAACGCGCUCUUUGACUACCUGACCGUGUCUGCUGAAAAGAAUAAAUUCACAGAGUUCCUGACCAACCUCACCGUGUUCAUUCACCCGGAAAACUUCACUUGCUCUUCAUACAAAACGCUGUUUGCCAGACUGGACUUGGCCAUACCUGUGGUUUCUCUUGGCCUUGUUGCAACUAUCACACAGACUAAAGAGGCUCUAUCCCACCAACUACCACCUGACUGCAUCAUUGGAGAGUGUAAUGUCAGCACGGCAAAUGAAACGGAAAUCUGUAUCGGUUUGAACAGAACAGCAGUCCAGCUCCAACUCACCAGUGCACAGACGAGUGGAAACCUCUGUGACUUGGCCGUUGAGCAACUGGCUUGUGCCUCGCUGUCAACAAUAACAGCAGAACAGCUGGCAAUGAUACUGAAGUGCAACCGCUACUCCAGCUCGAGUGGGUCCAAAUCUGUCUGGAAACUUGUCCUCUCCGAAACCUCUCAGGUCCUGGACCAGGCUCUGGAUCUGCUCGUCAACACGACUCUGGACGCCAACAACCCAGCAGUGUCCGUGAUUCUGGACACCAUACAAGAACUCCGAAUAGAUACUGUCAGCAUGGCCACCCUCAAUGAUCCAGCCUUCAUCCAGACGUGGUUUGGCCGCCGCCUUCUCCCAUUUCUGCCAGCUGUUUCACCUGACUUCCUUUCAUGUAUCUCCACAAAGAACCUGACCUGCAGCUCCUACCAGGCCAUUCUGCAGAUUUUGAGUCAACUCCGGCCACAAUUGACGUUUGCCAGGCAGAUGUCUGUCUACACGCACUUCAUUAAGGUUUUCCUGACCAGGAACAACAGCACAGACCCCGCCUGCAGCUCAGGCAUUGCCACCAGUGCACAAUGGCUGCAGGUGAACAUGGGAGGUUUUGCCUAUCUUGCGACGUUCCAGGACAUUCAGACGAUCUACUCCAACUUCUCAGUGAUGGAAGCCUUGUCACAGCUCACGGUCAGACAGCUAGCCGAGGUGUCCACAACACCUGGACAGCUCACAACUUCUGAGCAAGUCAACAUGGUGAUGAAAUAUGUGCCUGACCAGUCUCUGGCUGCCUUCUUUGAUGAUUUCUCAUCUGUUCUCCUGGCUCCUGAAGUAGCAUUGCCUUCAGUCGUGAGGUCAGCCAUGUUGCAAGUUGUGUUUGAUCGUGCAAACCUCUCCCUUCCUUCGAUGAGUGAUGCGGACGUAGAGGUGUGGCUUACCUCCCGGCUGCCACCCCUGCUGGUACAACUUUCACCAGGACAAGUUGCACCUUACUUUGGAAUACUGGCAGGACGGAGCUGCAGCAUUGAGCAGCUGGGUUUACUGAACCUGAACAUGACUAUCUCAACGCUCAGCACAGACACACAGCAGAAAAUCUAUGAUCAAAUCCUCCAGACCCUCGGAGGUCCAACACCUCUCCGCUGCUACAGUGACAGCUACAACACCAGUUUCUAUGGUUUCCUGGAGCAAUCUUUCAUGGGUUUCCAGUUUCCCAACCUCACCGCCUUCCUGUCGCUCAUGCCUCCUGACAGAAUGAGUCUGAUCAUGAAUUCCACCUCCAUCGGAGCUUGGGGAUUACCUACGACGUCCUAAUGUUGUCGACAACAACGCACAGCUCUGCAUGCUCUUCAACAGCUACAGCCAGACACCACAGUUUCUAGAAACUGAGUCUCUGCCGGAAGCGGUGAGGCGCUCCAUCCUGCCCUGCGUCUGGCCCAUGGCCCUCAGCAGCACCCAAACGUUGGAGGUGGAUGCUUGGUUUGACCAACGCCUCAAGAACUACUUGCCCUUCCUCACAAAGAGCCUGAUCAGUCCCAGUGUCAUAAACAGCACCUCCUGCCUGGCCUUCCAAAAACUUGUCUCAGUCCUUGGGGUAUACAACUACACUACUGCUGACUUUGUGAGGGGAGACGUGUACAACACCAUCAGGACUUACCUUUACGUCGGCUCAAGUAAGUCUUUCAAGAAUGCCAGGGUCAAGGAUCAAGUGGGAUGCUAAUUCAAGUGGGG